AUGGCUCAGCAACUGCUACCGGCUUCGGCUGCGCCCUCUGCCCCCCGCGCCGCCUCGGUCAACGUCGUCCUCGGGUCCAAGGUUGGGCCAUGGCUGACGCAGACCCUGAAGCGCAUUAACAGGGUCAAGCGCUCGCUCAACACCGUCCCGCAACACCAGAGGUGUUUGACCGAGACCCUGUUUUCACCAAACGCCAUCUGGACUCUGGCCUCGCUCAUGCUCCCCGAGGCCCCCGACUCGGUGCUCAAAAAUAAUUCAGAUCCCCUAAUGGAGGGCAUACUCAACUACCAGCUGGUGCACAUCGAAGCCUACAUCGUUUACGUGGAUAUGGUCCUGCGCAACGAGGUGGCUUACAAGUUGACCCCGGACACCAUCGAGGCCCUGAUCGAAUACCACAAGGAGGUCCACUGCGUCAACACCAAAGCGAACAUUUACGACUGGGCCGGAAAAGAGCAGCAGUGUAAAAAGCUGCAUAACGAAUUUAUCCAGGCCAUCAACAAGUACGUUCUUUGCACGCAUGUCUCUGCGCUCGAGGGCCUGGAAGAGGAAGGAGCCGGCGAGCUCCUCAACGGGAAGAGCGAAGAUGUCAAAACCGCCAUCAUGGGCCUCAUAAGGCCCCCGCCGCCCAGCCUACCCGUGGAUAUCAGUAUGUGGUCCCAACCUACAAUCUCGACGUCGCUGCCCGCUCCCGUCGAGUCUUGGAGGGCCCCGUCGUCAAACCCCGGCGUCGUUUCCACGACGGCCGACUCGAAUCACUCCAUCUGGGUGACCACGACCAUGACUGAGUGCCAGCUGCCUUGGCCGACGCCGCCCUUCAGCCAGCCGUUCUCGUCCGCCGGGCACUACUUCAGCUUACCCGUCGUCCUGGGGCCUACAGGCUGCGAUGGUGUACAAACGGAAAGCCCCGCGGCCUCCGCCGGGCUGUGGGGAAACCUGCCCCAGUCCGAGCUCCUUGCGGCUGGGAACACGGCAGCAGCAGCGGAACUCGGCAUCCACGCGCCCGUCGUGUGGAAGCGGUGGGGACGCUCGCCGCCGCUGGGCAGCCUGUCGAGUUCGUUCGCGAAGUCGGUCCAGGCCCCGGCGGCGCGCGGCGGUCGGGCGGCUGGCUGGCGGCUGGCUGGCGGACGAGCUCGCGGGUGA